CGUAAACGCCUUCAUUCUUACUCUGCUAUCUGCUAGCCUCCUUAUCCACUCCCAAAGCUCUCAAACAAAAACGCCCUCUUUUCCUUUGUUACUUUAGUUUUCCUUUUCGGUCACCAUAGCAAAAUGGCCUCUGCAAAUGCUCUUUCUUCGGCUUCUGUUCUUUGCUCUACCAACCAGGGAAGCUUGAGGAGGAAGGGAAAUCAGAGGCAGAACCAAAGGCUAAACCAUAGGCAAGGAAACAACCGAUUUGCUGUGAGGGCUUGUGCCAAGGAAAUUGCUUUUGACCAGCGUUCAAGAGCUGCAAUGCAGGCAGGAAUUGAUAAGCUCGCUGAUGCUGUUGGCCUUACUCUUGGUCCUAGGGGGAGGAAUGUUGUUUUGGAUGAAUAUGGAAGCCCAAAGGUAGUUAACGAUGGGGUGACAAUAGCUAGAGCUAUUGAGCUUCCUAAUGCCAUGGAAAAUGCUGGUGCAGCUCUUAUCAGAGAGGUUGCGAGCAAAACGAAUGACUCUGCAGGUGACGGGACAACUACGGCAGCUGUUCUUGCACGGGAAAUAAUCAAACUUGGGCUUUUGAGUGUUACCUCUGGUGCAAACCCAGUCUCCGUGAAAAGGGGUAUUGAUAAAACUGUACAAAGUUUGGUCGAAGAGCUAGAAAAGAAGGCCAGGCCUGUUAAGGGCCGUGAUGAUAUCAAAGCUGUGGCUUCCAUUUCUGCUGGAAAUGAUGACCUUAUUGGAACUAUGGUUGCUGAUGCAAUUGACAAAGUUGGUCCUGAUGGUGUAUUGUCCAUUGAGUCAUCGUCCUCAUUUGAGACCACUGUGGAUGUUGAGGAAGGAAUGGAGAUUGAUAGAGGUUACAUCUCACCACAGUUUGUAACAAAUCCCGAAAAGUUAAUUUGUGAGUUUGAGAAUGCAAGAGUGCUAGUAACUGAUCAAAAGAUUUCAGCUAUAAAGGACAUAAUUCCCUUGCUGGAGAAGACUACUCAGUUAAGAUCUCCUUUGCUAAUAAUUGCUGAGGACGUCACUGGAGAGGCUCUGGCCACCCUUGUGGUAAACAAACUGCGAGGCAUCCUAAACGUUGCAGCCAUUAAAGCUCCUGGUUUUGGUGAAAGGAGAAAAGCUCUCCUUCAAGAUAUUGCCAUUGUGACUGGUGCUGAGUUCCAAGCUAGUGAUAUGGGUUUGCUGGUUGAGAACACAUCUGUUGAGCAGCUUGGUAUUGCCAGAAAAGUGACCAUUACUAAGGAUUCAACCCAACUAAUUGCUGAGGCUGCUUCAAAGGAUGAAAUACAAGCUAGGGUGGCACAAUUGAAGAAAGAGCUAGCUGAGACAGAUUCUAUUUACGACUCAGAGAAAUUGGCUGAAAGGAUUGCUAAACUAUCUGGUGGUGUUGCGGUCAUUAAGGUUGGGGCUGCCACAGAGACUGAACUUGAGGAUCGUAAGCUACGUAUUGAAGAUGCCAAGAAUGCUACCUUUGCUGCCAUAGAGGAAGGGAUUGUGCCUGGUGGUGGUGCUGCCUUAGUUCAUCUCUCAACAUGUGUUCCUGCAAUUAAGGACAAGCUAGAAGAGGCUGAUGAACGCAUUGGAGCUGAUAUUGUGCAGAAGGCUAUUGUGGCACCUGCCUCGUUGAUUGCUCAAAAUGCAGGUAUGGAAGGUGAAGUUGUGGUCGAGAAGGUGAAGAACAGUGAAUGGGAGAUUGGUUACAAUGCAAUGACCGACACGUAUGAGAACUUGCUGGAGGCUGGAGUUAUUGACCCGGCAAAGGUGACAAGAUGUGCGCUGCAGAACUCAGCUUCAGUUGCAGGAAUGGUCCUUACAACUCAGGCCAUUGUUGUCGAGAAACCCAAGCCUAAGGCUCCUGUUGCUGCUGGACCUGCAGAAGGUAGUCUUAUGGUUUAAGUUCUAGGAGAAGUUUUUCCAUAGAUGAAAAACAAUAUUUGUGCGGUAAAUCAGUAGAAAAUGCAAGAUGAAACAAGGUUGUGUCUUUUUUUUUUGAAUGGAUUAAUAAAAAAUGUGGUAUUAAGCGCAUUGUAAC